CCGGCCUGAAGGAAGGGGAGUCGCCGCGCCGCCGCCGCCCGAGCCCGGCCUCCCUCCGCCGCCAUGGCCCGCAGACGCCUCCGCCGACGCCCGGCAGCUUCCGUCUCAGCACGUCCAGGCCGUGUUCACCCUCCUGGCUCGCUGGCCUCCCCUCCCAUCUUCACGGAAGCGGUCGGGGCCGCCCCCUGCCAGCCUGGCUCUCCAGUCCUGUAAAAACCCGGGUUGCCCGAUGCCUGUCAUUCCUAUCCCACGGCGGGUUCGGUCUUUCCACGGGCCCCACACGACAUGCCUGCAUUCGGCCUGCGGGCCUGUCCGGACCGCCCCCCUGGUGCGCACCAAGUACAACAACUUUGAUAUCUACCUGAAAUCCCGCUGGAUGUACGGGGUGAUCCGUUUCCUGCUGUACUUCAGCUGCAGCCUGUUCACCUCCGUCCUCUGGGUGGCGCUGGCGGUCUUGUUUUGCAUCCAGUACCUCGGCAUCCGGUUCUUCCUCCGCUUCCAAUACAAACUCUCUAUUACCCUGCUGCUGAUGGGCAGGCGGCGGGUGGACUUUAGCCUGGUCAACGAGUUGCUCAUCUAUGCCAUUCAUGUCACCAUGCUGCUGGUGGGCGGGCUAGGCUGGUGCUUCAUGGUUUUUGUCGAUAUGUAAAUAAAGGUCAGUUGGGAGGGGGGGAGCCAGAGCCAGGGUGACUCUUGGCCUGGGGGUCAGAUCCAUCUCUGAUCCUUCCUCCACCCUCCUCCUGUAAUCAAUCUCUCUCUCUCUCCCCUCUGUGGCUCCAGGGUCACUUGGCUUAUGAUAAAGGCAGGUUAGAGAGAAAGCAGGGUUGGCUCUGAUCGCCUUGUAAAAGUCAGAGAAGGCCGAUGCUUCUCAGGAAGACUGGCACCAGAUGUUGCAGUUGGCUCCCUCCCCCCGGAGAACCGUUGGCUGGCCCUUGCCUCUUCUCUGUGGAUCCUGCAUCGUUUCCUUUCCCUUCUGCUAUUCGGUCUAUGGAAGUAAUCUCUCGAGUUCUCUCGUUGGGUCGAUCGUCUCUGUUCGUUUAAUAUCUGGAAUAUUUUUGUUCAUCCAAUGUGUUUUUAGAAAUAUCUCUCCUCCUUUCCCCCCCCCCCCCCCAAAAAAGCCUAGUAAUAAUUUUAA